AUGACAGACUUCCGUAGGGGAACCGAAACGCAAUAUCCAUCGACAGCACAAGAGAGCUGUAUCCAUGUUCUCACCCCAGCUUAUUUACCCGCUGCCGAGGUGAGUGGGGGAGGGGGGUGGUGCGGCGGAUGUUUCUAGAUCAUAUACUGAUCAAACUGGAUGGGUCCCCCAAGGAGGGCUCUCUUUGUAUCCUUGUGAUUAACCCUUUAACUCCCAUGAGUGACCAAGAAAGAAUUUCUCCUUACAAUAUCAAUGCAAUAUCAACCAGAUAAGUGAUGAGAAUAAAGAAACUAUCAAUUUGGGGAUAAUUAAUUGAUCCAAUGCUAAAUUUUCUGAACUAACAUUAUAAGGAUUGUGUAAUUGACAGUAAGGAGAAUGACAAAUUUGAUCUGGGAGUUAAAGGGUUAAGUUAUUGGGAAUAGACCAGAGAUUCUUUAUCUCUAGAAAAAAGAGGAGGGAGGGGUGGUGUAGGAGGAUUUGAGGAGGAUCACUUGGUUUUUAGAGGGAGCGAGAGGGGAUCAGUCGGCGCUAAGAGAGUACAAAGGAGGCCAAAAUUGAAAAUUGACCGCCAAUGAGGUGAGAUCAUCAAAAUAUUGAUGUUAAAGACAAAUACUACAACCGUAGGUAACAAUGUUUCCCAGAUCGAUAUACCAACCAGCGACUUUGCCAAAACUUAAUUUCUUGCAUCCUUACGACCUUCGAUGGCAACUUGCAGAAUUUUGAAGGCGUAUUCUGUGGAGAGGGCGCCAAAAAUGUGAAGAAAAUGAUGGCUGCUUCCUAUUAUAUCGAAUUUUCCUGGCAAGAGUCGUUCCAUAAAUCAACUCGCCCACGAUUGAGUAAAAGCAGCGACAUCAAAAGUAUGUGAUUAGCAGCUCAUUACAGGCGAUGAAGGAUUGGCAUGUCGUGACAGCGUGACAGCUGUUUAUUGUCACGCCAACUGGAAGAGAUAACAGUGUCCUACCAGCCAGCGAACACUGGAAUUAUGCGGAUCGCCGAGCCGUGCUAUACUCUAGCAGAAUAAGAAAGUUGCCAGGAAAGACAAACUGGCGCCGAUGA